AUGUUAACUCUUCCUCCAUUAACUAGCGAUAUAUCAAUUUCCAUCAAUUCUUCGGCCAACAAAUCCGCUCCUGUUCGUUGUCCAAUUGAACCAGUUGGUAAACAUUUCAUGCACCAUGCUCAAAGAACCUUGAGAAACCACACAUGGUCUGAAUUUGAAAGAAUUCAAGCCGAGCAAAAUGUUAAAGAAGUUGAAGGCUCCAAUGUUGAUCCUGAUGAAUUGCUCUUUGAUGAUGAGCUCACUGAUAUGUCAUUAUUAGACAUAAAAGCAAAAGACUGGAAGUCUGCAGACUUAUAUGCUGCUAUGGGUCUAUCCAAACUUCGUUACAAAGCUACUCCUACUCAAAUUAUCAAAGCUCAUAGAAGACAAGUGUUGAAGCAUCACCCUGACAAAAAGUCUGCUUCUGGCGUGGGCUUGGAAGAGGAUAACUUGUUUAAAAUUAUUCAAAAGGCAUUCGAGGUCUUGACCGACACCACUAAGAGAGCUCAGUACGACUCCUGUGAUUUUAACGCUGAUGUCCUGCCUCCAAAGAAGGGUACUUCCUACGACUUUUUUGAGGCCUGGGGUCCCGUUUUUGACGCCGAGAGUAGAUUCUCUAAGAAACAGCCUGUUCCUUCUCUAGGCAAUAUGGAGACACUAAAGGAAGAAGUCGAAAAGUUUUACGCUUUCUGGAAUAGAUUUGACUCUUGGAGAUCAUUUGAGUUCUUGGAUGAGGAAGUCCCAGAUGACUCCUCCAACAGAGACCACAAGCGUUACGUAGAGAGAAAGAACAUUGCUGCUAGAAACAAGAAGAAGACUGCAGACAACGCUCGUCUAGCCAAACUUGUUGAAAGAGCAAUGUUUGAGGAUCCUCGUAUUAGAAAAUUCAAGGAAGAAGAAAAGAAGGAGAAGGAGAGAAAGAAGUGGGAAAGAGAAGCUGGAGCUAGAGCUGAAGCCGAGGCAAAAGCAAAAGCUGAAGCUGAAGCUAAGUUAAAGGCCGAAGAAGAGGCAGCUGCAGCUGCAGCCGCCAAGGUUGACAAGAAGAAGGCUAAGGAAGCUGCCAAAGCCGCUAAGAAAAAGAACAAGAGAGCAAUUCGUUCUGCGCCAAAAGAAGCUGACUACUUUGGCGAUGCUGAUAAAGCCACUAUUAUUGACGAACAAGUCUCAUUGAUUGUGGACAGCAUUGACGAUGAACAGCUAUCUGAACUUGCCAACAAGAUCAAGGACCAACCAAAGGCUGUUUUGGCUGAUCUUGCUAAGACUCUUGUUGACUCGGGCAAGGUUCCAUCAUCUUUGGUCUCAUACUUCAUCUGA